AGACGGAGAGAGAGAAAGGGAUGCCCCAGAACGAUGGCAGCAGCCCCAGGCAGGCAGCCUGCACACUGUCACUCACUCUGGGCUUUCGGAAUUCCCAUCACUGUUUAUUCCUCCCCGAUCCCUCCAGGAGUCAGCAUCCUGCCAGCCUCACCAUGAAGCGGGCUCUGGCUCUGAUGGGCCUGGCCUUCCUGUGUGUGCUCCGGGCUGGGGCCGCUCAGCAGACGGUGGACGACGCCUGCUCCGUGCAGAUCCUCGUUCCCGGCCUCAAAGGGGAUGCUGGUGAGAAGGGGGACAAAGGCGCCCCAGGACGGCCCGGAAGAGUCGGCCCCACAGGAGAGAAAGGCGACGUGGGCGAUAAAGGACAGAAAGGCGGCGUGGGGCGCCACGGGAAGAUCGGCCCCAUCGGCUCCAAAGGUGAAAAAGGAGAUUCUGGUGACAUAGGACCCCCUGGCCCUAAUGGAGAACCAGGCAUCCCGUGCGAGUGCAGCCAGCUGAGAAAGGCCAUCGGGGAGAUGGACAACCAGGUCACCCAGCUCACAGCUGAGCUGAAGUUCAUAAAGAACGCCGUCGCCGGGGUGCGCGAGACAGAGCAGAAGAUGUACCUGCUGGUGAAGGAGGAGAAGCGCUACAUGGACGCACAGCUGGCCUGCCAGGGCCGGGGCGGCACGCUGAGCAUGCCCAAGGACGAGGCCGCCAAUGCGCUGCUGGCCGCCUACAUCACGCAGGCCGGCCUGGCUCGCGUCUUCAUCGGCAUCAACGACCUGGAGAGGGAGGGCGCAUUCGUCUACGCGGACCGCUCGCCCAUGCAGACCUUCAGCAAGUGGCGCAGCGGGGAACCCAACAAUGCCUAUGAUGAGGAGGACUGCGUGGAGCUGGUGGCCUCAGGGGGCUGGAACGACGUGGCCUGCCACCUCACCAUGCACUUCCUCUGCGAGUUUGACAAGGAGCACGUGUAGGGGGCCCCUGCAUCUCCAGGGUCUGAAAGGAAAAACAGUGCUUCUGGGUAUUAUUCCUGAAGAACCUAACGUUUUACAACUUGUAGCCAGAAUGUUUGUUAUGUAAUUAUUACUCAGAAUUGCUCUUGGCUUUGUCCAAAGUAUAAAAUGACGUCUUUAAAUAUUACAACAGUUAAGUGCGAACAAUGGUAGUGAGGUCUUAAAGGACUAUGUGUGGAAAAGCAUCCUCUUAAAUUUAUCAUGCAUCUGUAAAUUAUAUUAAAAUAUAAGUUCCUUUUCUUUAUUAAUCAAGUAGAGACAAUUUUGCUUUGCUGCAAACCCAGAUUUCAAGAACAAGAAAAAUAAAGACUCUAAUCUGAUGAUUGAA